UUUUAAUAUCUCGGGUUUGGAAAAGAAAUAAGAUGGAAAAUGCCUUCAACCUCAGCAAAAAUCUGGUCCUCCUUGGACUUUUGGAGAUGGAAGGACUAAGAUAUCUGUACUGCGUCCUGUCUAUUUUCCUAUAUUCAUUUAUUUUACUCUUAAGUGUUAUUAUUGUUUUUAUCAUAUUCAUAGAUAAAAGGUUACAUGAACCCAUGUACAUCCUCAUAAGUAACCUGGUCCUCAAUGGAAUUUUUGGCAGCUCGUCAUUUUUCCCGAAGUUGAUAUUUGACCUCAUGACCUCGUCCACGACCAUCACUCAUGGUAACUGUGUUGCGCAAGCUCUGUGUGUUACGUUAUUUGCUUUCUAUGAAAUGAGCACCUUCACCAUAAUGGCGUAUGACCGAUAUUUGGCUGUUUGUCACCCGCUGCACUAUGGCAUGUUGGUAACCAAUGAGAGGAUUAUACAGCUCACUGUUGGCUCCUUAGUAUUGGCCUUCAUACUUGUACUCAUAGGCUUGCUCCUCACAUGGAAGCUUCCCCUUUGUGGGAACAUGUUAAACAAUAUUGUUUGUGACAAUAUGUCCAUGGUCAUUCUCUCCUGUGUGGACUCCUCCAUCAGUCAACUCUACUCCGCUUCUGUAUCCGUCAUCUACUUGUGUGUCACCAUCUUGGUCACCGUUUUCUCCUAUCUCAAGAUAUUUUUUGUUUGUUUGAAAAUCUCUGGAGAAUCGCACCAAAAAGCCGUCCACACCCUGGUCACCCAUCUACUCAACUUCUCUGUAUUUUUAGUUGGAUUCUUCUUCGUUUUCAUGCGUUACAGGCUAGGCAAUGUUAAGCUCCCGAUUGUGAUUCACGCUCUUUUCUCUGUGACAGCUCUCAUUGUCCCACCAUUGCUCAACCCCUUGAUCUAUGGAGUCCGGACACAUGUCCUGAAGAUGAAGGUUACUCAUUAUUUACAGACGAUGCACACUUGGCCAAAGUCUACUAAAAUACAUAGGCCUUCUGCACCUAUAUCUGUCAUAAGUCAUAAUGAGUAG